AUGAAGAUUCUCUAUAUGGGCAUUCUUCGGAAUGAUUCUCAGCCUGCUGUCCAGCUUUGCGCUGAGAGAGAUCUGACCGGGUUCUCCCGAUUCACUCGCCAGAACUACGAAGAGUUCAUGGUGCUCUUCUGCCGCACGGUCGCAGAGCGAACAAAGCCUGGCCAACGCCAGGACGUCGAGGAGAAGUCAUACACAUUCCACGCGUACGGUCGAACCGAGGGCGUAGCCGGUGUCAUUGUAACUGAUGGUGAAUACCCUGCUUUGGUGGCCCACCAGCUCCUGUCAAAGAUCGUCGACGAAUUCCUUGCCAAGUACCCUCGUACAUCGUUCUCCGAUCCGUCCAUUAGCGAGAACGCAUGCCCCCUGCCGCAGCUGAAGGACUACAUCACCAAGUACCAGGAUCCUAGCCAGGCCGACAGCAUUAUGAAGAUUCAACAAGAAUUGGACGAGACCAAGAUUGUCCUACACAAGACCAUCGAGAGCGUUCUGGAGCGUGGCGAGAAGAUCGACUCUCUAGUUGCUAAGAGUGAUGGGCUUUCAGCCCAGAGUAAGAUGUUCUAUACCCAGGCCAAGAAACAGAACUCUUGCUGUUCCCUGAUGUAA